GUCAACCAACCAGCCCGGUCCAGCCAGCGCCAGUCCAGACCCCCUACGGUCCGUACCUGUCCAGGCGACCCAGCGAGCCCCGUAGCGUCCCCCGGUCCCCCAGUCCCGCGCCAGCGCGAGUGCCAGGAGAUCUCCCUCUAUCGCUCUAUUGAGCCGUCCCCGUCCAAGGCAUUCGACAAGACCUAUUAAUGCUCCAUUCCCAUCAUGCCCGCGCCUCACCCCCAGUCCACCGCCAGACCAUCAUCACCAUCUCCAUCCUCUCCGUCCUCCGAGUCCUCUGAGUCCUCGCGUUCCACCUCUCCCGAUCUCUCCGUCUUUCCCGCCAGCUCUAACCACAACACCCCUUCUCGUCUCCAUCCGCAAUCGAUACCGCCCCCCUCGGCGACUCCGACCAGUUCAACCACCCCUAGCCAGUCCUCGGCCGCCUUGCGAACUCCAUUCGGUUCAUCAUCCUCAUCUUCAGCGGCAACAGCACCCCCAGAAACAGCAGAUAUAGGCUCCAGAACUGGUCACGCAGCAGCCGGCCCGUCGUCUUAUGCCGCCCGGUCGUCCCUGACCGACGACGAAACAGACGACGAGAUCGAGAUGGAGCCCAUCGGCGGCCAUCGCCGCCGCCGGAGCAGCCUGGCGGACAGCCAGCCGGGCCCUUCCAGAUCACGCACACCCAUUUCCGGCAUCGGAAACGCCCCCAAGAUCUCCGAGGAGGGCACCAGUGUUGGCGGCUUUGCGAACCGUAGCGAUGACUCCGGAGACGAGAGCUACACCGACGAGGAUCAUCUACAGGAUGACGAGGAGACGGGCUUGACGACAAAGGGGAAGCGCAGGAGGCAGAAGAAGCGCCAGAGGAAUACCCAGCUGGACCAGCGCGUUGCCAGAGAGAAGAACACCAUUUCCGCCGACGAGCGCAAGGAGGCCGACAAGGAUGUUUUCAAGAGAUUGGUCGUCAAUGGAGUCUUGAUCCUCCUUUGGUACAUCUUUUCGCUAUCCAUCUCAUUGUACAAUAAGUGGAUGUUCGCGAAAGACCACCUCAACUUCGCCUUCCCCCUCUUUACCACAUGCAUGCAUAUGGUGGUGCAGUUCAUCCUGUCCGGUGUCGUCCUCUACUUCGUGCCGAGCCUACGACCGAAUCACAGGCACAAUUCAGAUCUGGGAAGUUCCAGGCGCGAUUCGGAAUCCAACCCUGGCAUGACCAAGAUGUUCUACCUCACGAGGAUCGGACCAUGUGGUGCCGCUACAGGUCUGGACAUUGGCUUGGGCAACACCUCUCUCAAGUUCAUUAGCCUCACCUUCUACACCAUGUGUAAAUCAUCCUCCCUCGCCUUCGUUCUCAUCUUCGCCUUCAUGUUCCGCCUCGAAACCCCGACCUGGCGUCUAGUCGCCAUCAUCGCAACCAUGACCCUCGGUGUCGUUCUCAUGGUCUUUGGCGAAGUUGAAUUCAAACUCGGCGGUUUUGCCCUCGUCAUCUCCGCCGCCCUCUUCUCCGGCUUCCGCUGGAGCCUGACCCAGAUCCUCCUCCUCCGCAACCCUUCGACAUCCAAUCCCUUCUCAAGCAUAUUCUACCUCACGCCAGUCAUGUUCGUUGUUCUCCUUGCCCUCGCAAUCCCCGUCGAAGGCUUCGGAAACCUCAUCGGGGGAUUCAAGAUCCUCAGCAACGAGUGGGGUGCCGUCCUCGCGCCCCUUUUCCUCCUCUUCCCCGGCUGCUUGGCCUUCUGCAUGACUGCCGCCGAGUUCGCCCUGCUGCAGCGCACCUCCGUCGUGACCCUUUCCAUUGCCGGCAUCUUCAAGGAGGUCGUCACCAUCUCCGCCGCUUCCCUCGUCUUCCACGACCACUUGACCCUAAUCAACUUCAUCGGCCUGCUCACCACCCUAGCCGCCAUCAUUGCCUACAACUACAUCAAAAUUACAAAAAUGCGCCAGGAUGCUCAACACAAAGUACACGACCGCCACAUCACCACGGAGGAUGACGGUAGCAGCAGCAGCGACAUUGACGAAGACCGCGAAGACCCCCGCGAGGAAUCUGCUGGACUCCUGCACCUUAGUGAGGAUCGACAUGACACCCUCGUCACCUCCGACGGUGACUUCCAGCCUCUGCUCGAGCCGCUAACGGCCUCGGACGAGCACCGGGCUCGACGACUGGACUGAAUGUCCUCGUGACGUAUUAUUUUGGAUAGUUCCUCUUUACACAGCAUUGUUCAUCGGGCGCAACAUGACCUCGGAAUCACAUUGUUUUUAUAUCUUGUAUUAAGUAAACUAGGCAUCAUGUGAAGGAUAAACGGACGGAAUCGAUAGACGGGAUGGGUUGUAUCUGGGGGUUGGCUACUUUACAUGGGCAGUGGAAGAAGACAAGUCAACAUUGUAUAGGUUGGAGAGAUGGAUUAGAGAGUCUGGCAUGCUUUGGCACAUGCGCAGCAUCACCGAGAUACCCAAUACUAGUUUCACAUAACUUUGGAUGUCAAUUACUUGGUUGUCU